UUUGUGUAUUUGUACGCUUUGAGGGGAGCGAAAGCGAAGAAAUGUGUUUUCGAUUUAUGUCUGUGGAGUGUGUAGGUUAAAAAGCAACGAAACAGAACAAAAAUUAUUAAACUUUUUUUAUCAUGGCUCCCAAAGCUCGUUUCUCUGAUGGUAAGGAAUAUGGGCCAUUAGAGACAAAUCUUUUUUUUCUUUUUGUCCAGUCAUUCUUGAAAGAAUGAAUGAGUUUCAUAUUGAUCAGUGAAAAAGUUCUUUGUUUUCAUGGUCCUCUACUGUAUGAAGCAAAAUGCUUAAAGUCGCAGAUCAAAGAUAAACAUAUGAAGUAUUUCAUACAUUACAGUGGAUGGAAUAAGAAUUGGGAUGAGUGGGUGCCUGAGUGCCGAGUUUUGAAGUAUAAUGAAACCAACUUGCAGAAGCAAAAAGAGCUAGCCAAAACUCAUAUGAAAGCCAAAAAGUCAAAAGCAGCAAAAGUUGUCAUGAAAAAGGAGCUUGAAAAAGAAGCAGUACAACCAAGUUUACCAGAAAAGCCAUCAAAAGUGAAGAGUGAGAAAAAAAUAGUUGCAUCUCCUACACCAGCAGAAACAACACAUUCUGAAGUUCAGACAGAAACUGUCAAGAAAAAAAAACCUCGGCCUGAGCCUUGUUUUGUGGAGGAAGUUAAAGUAGAGAGGGAAAUUAAAAUUACAAUUUCUCCAUUUCUUAAGAAUUGUCUUGUUGAUGACUGGGAUUUAAUAACUCGACAAAAAAAGAUACUACAACUGCCUGCCAGAAUAACAGUUGAUCAUAUCAUUGCAAGUUAUGUUAAAGAAAAGGUUUCUGAUAAGGCUUUAUCUGCAGCAAAGGAAGCUGUUAUAGUAACAGUAACUAACCAAAUUAGAAAUUGUUUCAAUGUUCUGCUAGGAAAAAUGCUGUUGUAUAAAUUUGAACGACCACAAUAUGCAGAAAUGCUUGCAGAAUAUCCUGAAUCAAGCAUGUGCCAAAUAUAUGGAGCUAUUCAUUUGCUGCGGAUGUUGAGUAAACUUGGUGGAAUGUUAACUUCAAUUACUACUGUGAAGGGCAUGCACUCUCUUGUAGAGCACCUUGAAGAUUUCACUAGAUACAUUUCGGUGAAUCCAAAUUUCUUCAGUUUGAAUGACUAUGUUGUGGCAUCUCCAGAAUAUCACAGAAGAGCUUUAUGAUAAGAAUUUGUUAUUGUAAUGUAUUAAGACUGCUGACCUUAGAAAAGGUUAAAUUUUUCUUUGUCCUUCUCUCCCAAAAAAAAAAAAAUGCUUGGAUGUAAAUAUUUUUUAAAAAUUUUUUAUCUGUGUUGCAGAAAGACAAAAUGCUACCUGCAAUUUGUUCAUGUCAGUUUUGUAUGUUUAAAUGUCUAAGAUUUAUUGUAUUUAUAAUUAUCAAAACAUUUUAACAAUGAAAAAUUGAAGGGAAAGAAAUCAUGAAGGGAUUUUAUCAUUGUGUGUAUAUGUUAAUUAAAUAUUUAUACAAAA